GGCAGUUAAAGGUUGGCAACACGUAAACUGUCAAUUAUAUUUUUUGUAGAUUUAGCUAGUUUUCGUCAUUUUAAAAACUCAAACACUUUUCUGUUAUUGUUUAAACAUUACGAAUUAAUUUAAUUUAUUACUUACCCGGAAGAUAUAUUUAUAAGACGUCAAAAUGUCUUCAGAUAAUGAUUCGGAUUCUUGCGAGUUAUUUACUAAGUUUAGCAAAAUAGUUGAGAAUUCAGAAGAUAAAUUUUGGAGUAACUUUUCCCUUAAAAAAGAUGACGCUUCUGUGGAAUUGGAUACUAGCCAAAAUUGUAAUCCCAAAGAAGCACAAAUUCUAGAUGAACCUGUUGUUACGAUUGAAGAUGAAACUGCAAUUGCUCCAACAGCAUCAAUAGAAUCAUCGGAAACUCUUUUAACUCGAAUAAAUUCUCUGUUGGAUAAUAUGCAAGAAAAAGUGACUGAUGCGUUAAACCAGCCUGUACGAGCUCGUGGAGGAAAACGGAAAAAAGCAGUAAAAAGUCGAAGAAGUAAUCGAAUUAAUAAAACAUCUGUACAAAUUCCUGAACCAGUUCUAUUAAGUGAUGAGGAUGAUAAAGUCAAUAAUGAAGUAAAGCAAAUAACGAUUGAUAUAAAUCCAGUAAUUCACAUAAAAGUUUUAUGGAGAAUAUUUGAAACUCAUACAUUUAAAUUAAAAAAAUUUCAAAAAUUAACCCCAAUUAGAGAUUAUUUCGUGAAAACAAAAAAUGCUAAACCUGAAUUACUUUUUUUUACACUGGAUGAUAAAGAAAUCGAUUUAGACUGUAAUUGCUACGCUAGCUUACGAUUAACUGAAUAUAAAAGUCUCGAGGGAUGUUUAUUACCUGAUAGUUAUUUAAAUCAACCCAAACAAGAAAUUAUAGACCUAAACAAAUAUGAUUUCCAAUUUAAAGUACAAACUGGUGUUCAUCGUGAAAAAUCUUUUUAUGUAAAAUGUAAAAAAGGUGACAAAACUGAGGUUAUCUUUUGGCAAGUUAUAUUAAAAACUGGAAAACCCAUUGAGGAGAUCAAAUUGUCUUUUGAUGGGGAAUUAUUAAAACCAGAUCAAGAAUUAUUAGAUUUAGAUAUUAUGGAUGGAGAUUGUAUUGAUUUAAUAUGAGCAUUUUGUUUCAUUCUCUUGCAUUAUUCAUUCUUUUUGUAAAAUUACCACAAUAAAGGUUGUUUCUUCGAA